CUAUUGGUUAUAGAGGCUAUUAAAAGGCAGGCAUCCCGGAAAAAGAUCAUGGAGCAAUACUGUCAGACGAAUUCGUACGAGAAGGAACCUCGAGUCAGUCGCGAGAAUUUGGGGUACAUCAUUGUAAAUGACGAAUACAAGUUCAUGUACUGCACAAUUCCGAAGGUCGGCACUUCCACUUGGAAAAAAGUUUUCGCUGAACUGCGAGGCCUAAGACGCAACGUAAAGGUACACAUACUGGAAAACCCACAAUUAGGCCAUAGGUUUUUAUGUUCUCUUGGUUUUAUAGGUCACCUAUUCUUGUGGCCCUAUGCAAGGGCACAAACGUCUUCAAUAUAAUGUAUAUAUUGUGGUUUAAUUUUAUCCGUGGUUUAAAUUGUAUUUUCUUUUGUGUCUGGGUAUGGUAAUGUAUGAUAGUGAGUUUGAAACAAAAGAAAAUAAAAUUUAAACCAAGGAUAAAAUUGAAUCACAACAUAUACAUUAUGCCUAAUCAAGGUCUAAUCCCCGGGAGGGGUACUGCCAUAUAUGGGCUAUAUAGGUAUGUGCCGCUGUGAAGGGUAUGGGUUUCAAGCAGUUUACUCUAGGACCUCUAGGAUAGGGUAUAUCAAUCAGAGCGUUUGGGUCUGGAAGAGGGUAUCAUUUUUCAGGAAACUGAUCAGUUGGUUGAAGAUUUUAUCUAGACUAGGGAUUGAGGUAUAAGGUUUUGUUUUGGCUAGACUACUGUGCUAGUGACCUCAGUAGUUUCUGGAAAACAGCUACUCUAGGAUAGGGGGGAUUUGGGGAGUUUACUCUAGUAUACGGUAGCAGAAUUCAGCUGAACUAAGUCUGGUAUAGGUUAAGGGUUCCACGGUCCCAGCGGCACAUACCCACCCAGAAAUUCAACGCAUGUUUCCAAAUACAUUUCCUAAUUUGUCCAGCAUGUACCUAUGUUUACAAAAGUGUCGUCUUAUGUAAAUAGGUCGCCAUUUCUCGCUCCUUAACCAUUGUUUUUCCAUAAACGGCGUUUGUAAUUGCCCCGAUGCUUCGAGAAAAAGCCCAACAAUUCCUGUUAGCGACGAAGUAGCGACUAAAAAAACGUACAAGUCGAAUACUCGACAAGUAAAGGGAGAAGCGAACGGUAGAGCCUGCGUUGCAAUGGUCAGCUGUGAUGUUAAACUAUACGAAAUCGAGGCAAAAUGUCCCACUAAGCGUAUUCACAUGUCGUCACGACGGCCAUUUUGGUGUUCCAAAACAAUACAACAACAAUUUUAUUGACUUUAUCUUCGACAUGAAGAUUUCAGUACCAAAACAAUCAAUAUAACAAGAAAUGAAACAAAGUAAAAUAAAAGUCUAUUAAGAGAGAAAGGAACAAUGAAACGGCGGCCAAAUUGUUGUUCCAAACAAAUCCUGAGGGAAAACGACUCCUUUCUUGUGUACAAAUUUCUUUUGUUGCCAUAAAAUUGCUCAGAUGCUGGCCAUGUGAGUGAAUACGCUUUAUUGUUAUACAGCUAUUUCGAGAAAGGUUGCCGGGAAAAAUGUGCACACGACAAUCCCGAAAGGUAAUAUGGGAUAUGAUCAAUACACGCUGUUCCUGACGCUGUAGCUGUCGAACUUACUUUUGUUGCUUUCUUUUAGCACCCGCAAAGAUACGUCCAUGGCCUCUAGUGUCAUUCUUUCAAACUUCUUUGAAUAACAGUGAAUUCAAAACCACUCACAAUGCCUUUCAAUUUCGGGAUUGUCGCGUACACUUUUUCCGACAACCUUUCUCGAAAUAGCGGUAUAUUUAUAGCGCAUUUUCAGCUAACACUUUUGUUUGCUAUUUUCAAGCACGCAGUGAGGGCAAAAGGGGGGGAACAUGUCCUCCUUCUGUUUUAACGUUUAAAAGUGAUCUAAAAUGUUUAUGUUUAAACUUUGACGGAAAAACACGUACUUUCGUUAUUUUCCAGGUACACAGGUGGAAUCUAUGGAAACGAUUAUACCAGUACUCAGAAGAGGAAAGAAAUAUACGACUGCAGACUUAUUUCAAAUUUCUUUUCGUUCGUGAUCCACUAAAACGCCUGCUUUCCGCAUAUAAAAACAAAUUUAUCGGAAGUAACCCUGGUGUCAGUAGUUUUGCUCGAAUGCAUAUGAUUAAGGAGUAUAGGCCAAAAGAUUUAAACAAAAACAACAACUGGGUUAGCUUUCCCGAAUUCAUUCAGUAUUUCUCCGAGGACAGAGAGCGGAACCAACAUUGGCGGCAGUACGAGAAGCUUUGCCAUCCUUGUGCGGUAAACUACAGUUUCAUUGGUCAUUUGGAGACACUGGAAGAUGACGCACAUCUUUUGCUCAAAAUGGCGGGAAUUGACGAUCGGGUUUCUUUUCCGCCGGUUCACAAGUCAACCAGCUUAUCUGAAAUUCUUGAUUACUAUUCCCAAGUCCCUGUUGAAUACAUCACUCGGUUAGGGAAGCUUUACCGAAGUGAUUUUGAAAUGUUUGGUUACAAUUUCCCAGGCGAUUUACAAACCCUCAUCAAAAAUUCAUCAUCGAACCGUUAA